CAUUUGUGAGAAAGGCAAAAAAAAAAAAAAAAAAUUAAAACUUGGGUCCUCUCAAGCAAAGAAUCAUUUACGCUCUGAAACCAAAUACCCUUCUACUCAUUUUCUUUAAUUUAUUUAUUUUUCAUUUUCUCUCUCUCUUAUUACACCCUGUAUAAAGCUCUGUUUUUUAUUGGUUCUAUAAUGUUGGGUUGGUGCUUCUUCUUGUAAGAAGAACCAGAAGAAGAAGAAAGGCUUGUUCUUCUGGGUUGGUUUUUUUCUCCAGUGAUGGGAGAGGUCGAGCAAGUGGUUUUCUGAAGUGGGUUUUAGGUUUCAAUUACAAGGCUUUUAGGCUUUUGACUUCGGUAGUGCCAUUUAGUUUUCAAUUCGUUCGAGUUUUUGGUUGCUAUGGAGACCAAAGGAACACUCAUUGCGGGUUCUCAUAAUAGGAAUGAGUUUGUUAUUAUCAAUGCCGAUGAGGUUUCAAGAGUGACUUCUGUCAAAGAACUAAGUGGACAGAUUUGCCAGAUCUGUGGAGAUGAGAUAGAGUUCACUGUAGAUGGAGAGCCAUUUGUUGCUUGCAACGAAUGUGCAUUUCCUGUUUGCAGACCUUGCUAUGAGUAUGAAAGAAGAGAAGGAAAUCAAGCCUGCCCUCAGUGUAAAACCAGAUACAAACGUCUCAAAGGGAGUCCUAGAGUGGAAGGUGAUGAAGAGGAGGAUGAUAUUGAUGAUUUGGAGAACGAGUUUCACAUUGCUAAUGGGGGAGAUCCAAACAACAUUGCUGAGGCCAUGCUUGCUGCUCGCCUCAAUGUUGGACGUGGUUCCCAUGUCAAUGGUUCUGGGAUCACCACACCAUCAGAGGUGGAUUCAGCUUCUGUUGCUGCUGAUAUCCCUCUCUUGACUUACGGACAAGAGGAUACUGGUAUCUCUUCUGAUAAGCAUGCUCUUAUCAUUCCCCCAUUUAUGAGUCGAGGAAAACGGGUUCAUCCAAUGCCAUUCAGCGAGUCUGGCUUUCAACCAAGGCCAAUGGAUCCUAAGAAAGAUUUGGCAGUAUAUGGUUAUGGGUCCAUUGCGUGGAAGGAUCGUAUGGAGGAAUGGAGGAAGAAGCAGAAUGAGAGACUUCAGGUGGUGAAGCAUGAAGGAGGACAUGGCGGUGACGACAAUGGGGAUGACCCAGAUGAUGCUGAUUUACCUAAGAUGGAUGAGGGCAGGCAGCCACUUUCAAGAAAGUUGCCAAUCAGUUCAAGCAAGAUAAAUCCGUAUAGAAUGGUCAUCCUUCUCCGUAUUGCGGUUGUUUGCCUCUUUUUUCACUAUCGAAUUCUUCACCCUGUCACCGAUGCAUAUGGAUUAUGGUUAACCUCAGUUAUAUGUGAAAUUUGGUUUGCUGUAUCAUGGAUAUUUGAUCAAUUUCCCAAAUGGAAUCCAAUUGAACGUGAAACAUAUCUUGAUCGAUUAUCAUUGAGGUAUGAGAAAGAAGGGAAGCCAUCUGAUUUGGCAUGUGUAGACGUAUUUGUCAGUACAGUGGAUCCUAUGAAAGAGCCUCCUCUCAUUACUGCAAACACAGUUCUGUCUAUCCUCUCUGUAGAUUAUCCAGUCGACAAGGUUGCAUGCUACGUCUCAGAUGAUGGUGCUGCCAUGCUGACCUUUGAAGCCCUCUCAGAAACAUCUGAGUUUGCAAGAAAGUGGGUCCCGUUCGCCAAGAAAUACAAAUUAGAACCCCGAGCUCCUGAGUGGUAUUUUGCACAAAAAGUUGAUUAUCUCAAAGACAAAGUAGAUCCAACCUUUGUCAGGGAGCGCCGAGCAAUGAAGAGAGAUUAUGAGGAGUUCAAAGUUCGGAUUAACGGAUUGGUUGCCACGGCAAAGAAGGUCCCAGAGGAUGGCUGGACAAUGCAAGAUGGAACUCCAUGGCCUGGAAACAAUGUCAGGGAUCACCCUGGCAUGAUUCAGGUUUUCCUUGGUCAAAAUGGUGUUCGGGAUUUGGAUGGAAAUGAUUUACCUCGUUUGGUUUAUGUGUCUCGUGAAAAGAGGCCAGGUUUUGAUCAUCACAAGAAGGCUGGUGCCAUGAAUUCUCUGAUAAGAGUCUCAGCAAUCAUCUCAAAUGCCCCCUAUAUACUUAAUGUCGAUUGUGAUCACUACAUAAACAACAGCAAGGCACUUCGUGAAUCCAUGUGCUUCAUGAUGGACCCCACCUCAGGGAAAAAGAUCUGUUAUGUGCAAUUUCCUCAACGAUUUGAUGGUAUUGAUCGUCACGACAGAUACUCAAAUCGUAAUGUUGUUUUCUUUGAUAUCAACAUGAAAGGUUUAGAUGGGAUUCAAGGACCAAUUUAUGUUGGAACUGGGUGUGUGUUCAGAAGGCAAGCACUCUAUGGAUAUGAUGCUCCUGCCAAAAAGAAGUCCCCAAUGAGAACCUGUAAUUGUUGGCCGAGGUGGUGCUGCAUGUGUUGUGGAUCUAGGAAGAAAACCAAGAAGCCAAAGACUGACAAAAAGAAGACGAAAACCAAGGAUGAUACAAAGCAGAUUUAUGCACUAGAAAAUAUUGAGGAGGGAAUAGAAGGAAUAGACAAUGAAAAAUCAUCCCUUAUGCCCCAAACCAAAUUUGAAAAGAAAUUCGGUCAGUCAAGUGUAUUUAUUGCUUCAUCACUUAUGGAAAAUGGCGGUGUUCCCAAGGGUGCAUCUUCUGCUUCACUAUUAAAAGAAGCCAUUCAUGUCAUUAGUUGUGGAUAUGAAGACAAGACUGAAUGGGGGAAAGAGGUUGGUUGGAUAUACGGUUCUGUUACAGAGGAUAUUUUGACUGGGUUCAAGAUGCACUGCCAUGGAUGGAGAUCAGUAUAUUGCAUCCCUAAAAGGCCUGCAUUUAAAGGUUCUGCUCCUAUCAAUCUUUCCGAUAGGUUGCACCAGGUCCUCCGGUGGGCCCUUGGAUCUGUUGAGAUAUUGUUGAGCAGGCAUUGUCCAAUAUGGUACGGGUACGGGUGUGGCCUAAAGCACUUAGAGCGCUUUUCGUACAUAAACUCCGUCGUUUAUCCUUUGACAUCUAUCCCCUUGCUCGCUUAUUGUACCUUGCCAGCUAUCUGUCUUGUUACUGGGCAGUUUAUUGUCCCUGAGAUUAGCAACUAUGCCAGUAUCCUUUUCAUGGGUCUCUUUAUUUCCAUUGCCGUAACGAGUAUUCUCGAGAUGCAGUGGGGAGGCGUUGGCAUACAUGAUUGGUGGAGGAAUGAGCAAUUUUGGGUGAUUGGUGGUGUUUCUUCUCAUCUUUUUGCUCUCUUCCAGGGUCUGCUUAAGGUUUUGGCUGGUGUUAACACAAACUUCACUGUAACAUCCAAAGCCGCAGAUGAUGGAGAAUUCUCAGAGCUCUACCUGUUCAAGUGGACAACUUUGUUGAUCCCUCCCAUGACUUUGCUUAUCAUAAACAUUAUUGGAGUCAUUGUUGGAAUUUCAGAUGCCAUCAGCAAUGGUUAUGAUUCAUGGGGUCCACUCUUCGGUAGACUCUUUUUCGCCAUCUGGGUUAUUCUUCAUCUCUACCCCUUCCUCAAGGGUUUCAUGGGUAAACAAAACAGGCUUCCAACCAUCAUUGUGGUGUGGUCAAUUCUUCUGGCAUCAAUUUUCUCACUUUUGUGGGUCAGAAUCAACCCAUUUGUGUCUAAAGGUGAUAUUGUGUUGGAAGUUUGUGGUUUGGACUGUGACUAAAGAUAUACAGAACAGAAGGUUCUAAAGGUUUGAUUUUUAUGUAGAAAAAGCUGUGUAGAACACAAGUGUAAGAUUUUUCUUUCUUCUUUUUUUUCUUUUUCUCUUUUUGGGUUGAAGAUGAAGGCAUCCCUGGACACAGUACUGAAAAUGUCAUCUUGAAAAAGAUGGAACUGCAGAGUGAAAUGAGUUGGUUGGGGAUGCAUGUAGAUAUAAAAGGAACUCGGAUCUGACACAUUGAGAUUUGUUUUGCAAAGUUUUUCACUUUGAUUCUUUAUUAUACAUGGUUGGCUGAAAGGGAUUGUACUCAGUCUGUCUGUAAUCUCAGGAGAGAGCAUUUAGUCCCAUUUUCUUAGAGUCUUAUAUACCUUCCUAAUAAGGGAACUUAAAAUUGUCUACAAAGGGGGAUUGUCUGCACGGUAUUAUUUAUGUUGCUCUCUUUCAUUUGUAUUUUGUAUUUUUGACUGAGAAAUAAGCUGCAAUCCAAGUGAUGUAAUGUAAUUUUCUGAAUGUCCAAAGAUAUUGUUGUUGGUAAA